AUGACAACUUUACUAGUUCUCAUAAAACUCCUAAUCUUAUUUAAGAUUAGCCUUUGCUAAUUGUAAAACUAAAUCUACUCAUAAUUUUAUGUGAACAGGUAUGAUUAUCAAGACUAAGAUGGAUAAGCUUUUAACAUAAAGAUUGCUUCAAUAUCUAAUAAUCUAUUUGUAGCUAGUAACCAAGGAGGAGUUAUUAUUUUUGAUGCAAAAAACUCUAAAAAAGUUGCUUAACAAACCUUUGGAUCUAAAACUCUAUGUGUGACUGUAGAGUGUUCAAAUGACGGAACAUAUUUCCUAGCUGGAGUACUCCCCAAUUUAAUUAAGGCAUAUUCUUUCUAAUCAAAGACUGUAUAGAUUACUUAGCUAUAUGAAUACAAGUAUGAUGAAUAAAUAUAGGACAUGAUUAAGAGUGGAGAUGAAAGGUUUCUUUAUGUCAUCGGAACCUACUAGAUGAUAACCGUGGUUGAUUUUUAAGUGAGAGACUAAUUCAAAGUUCUUGCUAAAUUAAGCUAAAAUAAUAAUCGUAUUAUCAGAAAAACUAUUUUGGUUUCUAAAUCAAAUAACUAUUUUUAUGUCGGUGGAGGUAUGGCAGGACUUUUUGUUUAUAAAUAUGAUUAGCAAUAAAAUUAAAUCAUAAAUCUAGCUUUAGUUCCCACUGGAUACGUAGCUUCUGCCUGCAUAGGAACAUCAGAUAAUAACUAUAUGUACGGAACUAAUUAAUAUACUGGAUUGUAUGUAGCUGAUUUGAGACCUUUGCAAGGUAUAGAUUCUUCCUAAUACCCAUUAUCCCUACCUAUAAAAAUUGUCUGGCCAUUUUAAACCAUAUAACCUCUCGCAUACUCUAUUAAUAUUUCCCAAAACGAAGAUAUGAUCUACGUAGGAGUCAGGUCCUAAGGUAUUUUAGUAUUUAACAUAACUGACAAACUUAAUCCUUAGUAUUUCUACUAAAUUUAAAUUAUUUCUCUUUCUUAUUACAUCACAUUUUCCUCGAAUUAUUAAUAUCUCUACUAUGCCAACGCUAAUAGCGUUUAUACUUUCUAGCUUAUUGAUAUGAAUCUAAACGAUUAGGUUCCAAACGUAUUUAAUUCUCAGUAAUUUGUUCAAAAAAAUGAGCCUUCUUUCAUGAAGCCUUACUGCAGCAUAUUUGAUGAUAAUUUUUAUUUUGGUUUUUUUAAUGCUCAUCUAUUUAGUGUUGGAAACAUUUAAGGUAAUCCUUAUUAGUUAGACAUACCUUCCAAUAAGGUUUAUAAUAUUUGGUCUGCUUCAUUGACUUAAUAUAAAGGUUCAACAAUAUUUUACGUCCCCUUAAUUGGUCUUUCCAAAACAAACGUUGCCUUUUACGCAUAUGACUAUAGCUCAUUGUAUACUAGCUCAGACGUUACUCUAAUGUUAACAUUUUCUUUGCCUGAUUAAUAUGUUAAUGAAAAUAUUGCAUAAUUAGAUUUUAAUUUAGAUUAAACACUUUGUGUAGUAGCAUAAUAUAGUGGUUUCUAUCUCCUAAAAUUCGAUGGACCCUUAAAGAUUACUUUCCUAUAAUACUACAGAAAUUAAUACUAUCAAAUAGUUGGUACAACAAAAAGAGCGGUUUUCUCAAAAGACAAUUAAUACAUAUUAAUUUCUAUAUAAAAUUUUGGUUUGUCAGUAAUCUAAAUAUAGGAGAAUUAUAAGCUUGUGCAAGUGAAUGAUUUACAAACUCUUGGUGCAGAAAAUAUGAUGAAAUCUGAUAUUUCUACAGAUUAUUGCUUUUUAUAUGAUGGCAGUAAUGGCUUUGCAAUAAUUGAUUUGACUGCGCUUCCAUAAAUUAAAAUCCUUUCUAGAAUUUCGCUGACAGGGUGGACCAUCUUUGGUGUUUCUCUCUAUAAUGAUAGCUACGUAUUUGUUUAACAGAAUGAAAAAGGAAUGAUUUCAGUCAUUGAUAUAAGAGAUAAAUAAAAUAUUUCCCUGUUUAGUUAGUAUGAAAGAGGAGCAGAUUAAGCGUAGUCAGCAUGCGUUUCUAAAAAUUACGAUUUCUCAUUUAUUUAGAAUAAUAAUUAUGUGCUUGUAAUGCCUUUAAAAUCUCAGAUAAUGCUCCAAUCGACAGCUAGAGAAAUAGCCAUAAUAAAUAAUACAUAGUAAUUUGUGAAGGCUAUUUAGAAGGAUGAAAUACUCUAAGUCGGACAGACAGUUUAAUUUUAUUUUUAGAUUCUUUACCCAAAAUCAUAGCAAAUGGUAAUCUAAAAAAUUAAUAUUUAUUAAAACUUUUAAGAACAAACCCUCCCAACUUGGAUGAUUUACAACUAACAAACUUAAACGUUAACUAUGGUGCUUGAUAAAACAAACGCAGGAACAACCAGCUCAUAAAUCAAUAGAAUCAUUUUACUCGUUUACACCUUCUGCCCUUUGAGCAGUACUUCAUUUUUCUACCCUAGCGGAUUGGGAAUAACUACCUAAGACUAAUCAAAAUAAAUUUAUGCUUAUUUAAAAAGUCAAAAUAUUAUAGGUGUAUAGAACCAACUAAGUUCCGAUUUUAACCCAAGUUUGGAUCUAACUAUUAACGUACCUGGCAUGAAUACUCAAAUAAUCAAUAAUGUAAAGCAAACUUUAGUAUAAUCAGUGUGGAUAAACUAAGUUGUACUUUAGACAUAAUCAAGUCUUACUUUUGAUUCCUUUAAUAGCAUCAUCUCUUCAAGAAGUAACGCUGUCACUGUUUAGUUGAAUGCUAUCACUGGUAAAUUUGUUACUGUCAGCUAUUCAGGAGCUACUGUUUAAUACUCUAUUAAUCAGAAUGAGUUAGAUUUGACAGGACCUUUACAACAAAUUAAUUCUAUCUUAGCUUAAAAAAUUAUUUUCUACACCUCUAACUAAACUGAUACUAACUAAAUUAGCAUAACAAUUAACGACAACCUUAAUUUCCCCAUAAAUUACUAGUGCAAUGCUGCUAAAUGUAGUUUUAUCAAGUUUAAAGAGUAGAUAUCUGUUUAACAGAUAAAUAAUUUAUAAACGCAAAUUGAAACAAAAUAUACCGAUUCUGUAAUAGAUAUUGAGACGAGUUAUUCUAUAUAAUUUAUGUAGAGUACAUUUAAAGUGAGUGAUAUUUAAACUAUCACAUACACAUUUAAGUAUAAAACAAAUGAAAUGGAAUAUUUUGUUGAUUUUGAUCCUACGUUUUGGCUCUAGUCUUAAAGUGAUAAGCAGCUCUCAUUCUAUGGAAAUACUCAAUAUUCUCAGCUUGGAAAAAUAUACACUAUAUAAAUUACCGCUUUUGAUGGUUAUACCUCUGUAUCAGAUUAAUUCCAUCUAAAGGUAUAAGGAAUCCCUUUCUCCUAUAUAUUUAAUAUUUUACUGAAAGUAAUAGGACCCUUAGUAGCAAUUUUAGGUCUUUACAAAUAUAGAAGCCUUUUAGUUAAUUCUGUAGUUGUUAAUUACUUUACUUUUAGCUAAGAAAAUAUUAAUUUUGAAGCAAAAUACUUUAAAAAAAUUCCUUUAAUUGGAAUUAAAUGGAAAAAAUGCUCAAUUUUAAUCGAUAAUUUAUUUUUAUUAGUAUAGAGAGAAAUUUAAUAACAAAAUGGUGAAAGGGCAGCUGUAAAAGUAAAAUCAAAUAAAAAGCGAUACCAUAUUCAUCAAAACUUAAUUAAAAAUAAAAAUAUUUUCAAAAAUUUGGAGCAUUCCAAAAAAGACAGUCACUUGGAGAAGAGAUACUUGAACAAAGACGGAAGUAUUAAAAUGUGUUAACUUUUAGAAGAUUUUAAUAACUAUAAAGAGGUAUUAUUUAUAAAAAAUAAAAAAUUAGAAGAGAUUAAAAAAUAUUUUGGCUAAGCUUUGCAACCAGAUUCACUAUAUUACGAGUCUAUAAAAUCAUAUGCUUGCCUUUAACUCCUUAAAUUAGAUCCUAAAUCCUAUUUUACUUUCUUGUUUGUUAAAUAGUAACUUAUAUUUGAGGGAUUUAGCACUAAAAAUGAUUGGUACUUAAAAAUAGUUGAAAUAGACCACCGUUACAAAGAAGAACUAGACCAUUCUCCUUUUUCAUAAGUUUAAAUUAAAUAAAAAGAGCUGCAAUAAAUAAUAUCUCAUCUUUAUGAUUAUGAGUAGAACGCUUAUUAGAUAAACAGCAACUAAAAUAUUAUAAAUCAAGGUACUUAAAUUAACAUGAGAUUAAUUGAAAGUUGCAUUAUUUCCGAAGUACAUGGUUUGACGUUUGACAAACUCAGCUACUUUUAAUAAUUUUAAGGUGAGGCUUUGCACUUAAACUCUCAGUAAGUAUCAAAUAUCCAAGGUUUCAAGCUAUGCGAAAAAGGGAUACUUUAAAAAGUAAGAAAAAUAUGCAAUCAAGAGUAUAUACCUUAUGGUGUCUAGUAGAAUAUGAAAUUUCCUGAUUGGCUGCGCUUGAAAUUCAAAGAUGAUUACCUAAAGCUUUAAGGAACUCCUACAUCAAACAAUGAAGAAUAAAUUUUAAUAAGAAUAUUCGACUUAGAUGGUUAUAUAGUAAAAUAAUUUAUGAUUAAUAUAUAGCCUUACCUUUCUAAUACAUUUAUCAUGAUUCCAGAAGAAAAAUAAAAUGAUCACAAUACUAAUAUUAUUAAUUAAUAAAUUACUGCGAGUGGUCGCUUGGCAUCUUUGCAAUAAAAACUAAAAUUAUAAUAUUUACCAGAUAGCAAGCUAGAUUCAAAAGUAGUAUCACUAUACUCCACCCCCAGAUUACUAGAUUAGCAGAUAUAACCUAAAAUGUUUGAUUGA